CACAUUCAUCCGCUGCCAAGGGGAGCCGCCGGGCGCUCUUAAGGCUCUGCGCGCGCUGCCCGCUACCGAGCCGACCGCCGCGCCCCCUCGUCCCCACCUCCGCCGCGUCCCGUCGCUUUCCGGAGCCAUGGCAGGGCUCGGCCACCCCUCUGCCUUCGGUCGUGCCACCCACGCCGUGGUGAGGGCACUGCCAGAGUCCCUCUGCCAGCACGCACUGAGGCGCGCCAAGGGCGAGGAGGUGGAUUUCGCCCGCGCCGAGCGCCAGCACCAGCUCUACGUGGGCGUGCUGGGUAGCAAGCUGGGGCUGCAGGUGGUGGAGCUGCCUGCCGACGAGAGCCUCCCGGACUGCGUGUUCGUGGAGGACGUGGCCGUGGUGUGUGAGGAGACUGCCCUCAUCACCCGCCCCGGGGCGCCGAGCCGGAGGAAGGAGGUUGACAUGAUGAAGGAAGCAUUAGAAAAACUUCAACUCAAUAUAGUAGAGAUGAAAGAUGAAAACGCAACUUUAGAUGGUGGAGAUGUCUUAUUCACAGGAAGAGAAUUUUUCGUGGGCCUUUCCAAGAGGACAAAUCAACGAGGUGCUGAAAUCCUGGCUGAUACUUUUAAGGACUAUGCGGUCUCCACAGUCCCGGUGGUUGAUUCCCUGCAUCUGAAGAGUUUCUGCAGCAUGGCUGGGCCAAAUCUGAUUGCCAUUGGGUCCAGUGAACCUGCGCAGAAGGCCCUCAAGAUCAUGCAACAGAUGAGUGACCACCGCUAUGACAAACUCACUGUGCCUGAUGAUGUGGCUGCAAACUGUAUAUAUAUAAAUAGUCCCAGCAAAGGGCAUGUCCUGCUGCACCGAACUCCAGAGGAAUAUCCAGAAAGUGCAAAGGUUUACGAGAAACUGAAGGACUAUCUGCUGAUCCCUGUGAGCAUUUCUGAACUGGAAAAGGUGGAUGGGCUGCUCACCUGCAGCACGGUGUUAAUUAACAAGAAGACCACCUCCUGAGCUGCAAGAAAUCCACCCUGGUUGCCGGCAAGACAGUGCCAGCAAGGCCCGUGACUGUCCCCUCUUCCGUUGUUUUCCUUGACAAUCUACUGUGCCACUGUGCUACUAACUUGUUUACAAAAAAUUCUGAGUUUAAUUGUGUACUUACCCCCCCACUUCCCCUCACAGUGGUACUUAAAGCUGUGGACCUGCUAAAUGAAUUAAGCAACCUGGAACAUGGUAGUGCUAAUGAAUCAUUGAAAUAUGAUUAAUAAUAGUAAGGACACACUCAUUUUCAUGUUUGUAUUAUCUGUGUAAAAAUCAUUUAG